UAUCUAUUACCGGAAGUAUCAUCCCACACGCGGCCACCGCCCCAGCGAAGCGUGAUACUCUGGGCCCAGUUACUCGUGAACAAUGGGUGUAACCGUGGAAACCACUCAGCCCGGAGACGGCAAAACGUUUCCGCAGAAAGGCCAGACCGUCAAAGUGCACUAUACCGGCACACUGACUAAUGGCAAAAAAUUUGAUUCCUCCCGGGACCGAGGAAAGCCCUUCACUUUCAAGAUUGGUGCUGGGGAAGUCAUUCGUGGCUGGGAUGAAGGUGUAGCUCAGAUGAGCGUGGGGCAGAGAGCGAACUUGACCUGUACACCGGAUUAUGCGUACGGCAGCAGUGGGUACCCUCCCAUUAUCCCGGCCAACUCCACUCUCAUCUUUGAUGUGGAACUGAUAGGUCUCUGUUAACUCAGUUUGAGUGUUUUUGGCUUGGACCCCUCCCUUCCCUUCCCUUCCCCAAAUCCUCUCAUUCCAACCUCAUAUUUUACAAAAGAAAAUGAAGAUGCUAUCAAGGGCAUUUGCAAUCAUCACUUUCCUCUCUCACCCACUUUACUCUGACGCUUACCGUCCAAUUCUUAUUCUGUUUGAUGGAUAUUGUAGUGGAGCAAGGUUUGCAUUUUAAAUUCGACUUGACACUCAGGUGCCCAUUCAAGCAGUGUGCUUUAAAGAGAGCAGCUCUUGUCAUUCCGCAGUGCCAUCAAUUAGCGAUAGAUUACCUUCAGAUUCACUCAGAAGCAUUGGCGCACAUGCUACAAAUCACUUAAAAUGCAUAGAAACAAUUUAGCCAUCUGACCGAAGAACCGCUCGUGUUAGUAUUAGGAACUCUAGUGUCCUUGUUGUCAUGUUGCGCUUUUAGUUCCUUUGCAGCCAACUUGUAGAAAUAGUCCCAUGCUAGUGUUCUUGCAUUAAACUGAGUUCACCAAA